GGUAAAUGUGCGCAUCCUUCUCUCUCUGCGAUCGCGCCUCCCUCCCUCUCUCUCUAGCACGCGAUCGAACCUCCCUCUCUCUCUAGCGGCGAUCGAGCCUCCCUCUCUCUCUCGCGGCGAUCAAGCCUCUCUCUCCUUCUCUCGCAAGUCAGAUCUAAUCACUCCCUUACUUCAGCCGCACUAUCAAAACUGGAUCUGUUUGCUUAUUGCUUAUCUCAGGAUGAAUCUGAAUCCAAAUCCACAGGGCCUCUACUGUCUUAGAUUUGUUCCCACAGAUGUCGAAGUCAUCGAUCAGUUUUUGGUUCCACGCCAUCAACAUCUCCUGAACUUGAACCGGUCACUGAUUCGUCCUUUUAACUUCUUCAGAACUGCUCCUCAACAGCUCAACUUGGAAGCCACGUACGGUAGUGAGUAUUAUCCGAGAAGGGGCCUUUACUGGUUUCUCGUUGAGAGACCAGCUUCUGUGAUUGCUGUUACUGGUUCCCGAACCCUGAUAAACCGAAUGGGGAGUUGGAAGCGCUCGGGGAAGCCAGAAAACAUCGUGAGUGGAGGCAUAAUGUUGGGCACAAAGCAGCUCUUCAAGUUUUUAUACACGGACCCCACCACAUCCAAGCCCGCCAAUCUCAAAACGGGCUGGUCCCUGUAUGAAUAUGCGAUUCCCGAUCCUCCACUCCCACAGACACCAACUGAUGACAUCCUCCCAGUUGAGCCAACCGUGGUGGUGAAUGUUUUCUACAAUGUUUCAGAUGAUGAGUAUCGGCGCUCAGGCCAUGCCGUUCCACAAGAACCCGUACAAGUGGUGGAAGCAGAGGACAACGGAGAAGCUGCGCAAGGGCAAGAGGGCCACGUAGAAGAGGACAACGGAGGAGCCGCGCAAGGGCAAGAGGGCCACGUAGAAGAGGACAACGACAACAACAACAACGUCGUCAACGACGAUGAAGACGUGUUUGCGAACCUUGCGCCGAUCGCCAACAUCCCCAACAACAUAUAAGAAGAGCAGCGAAAUGGAAUGAGGCGCAGCAUCCUUGCUGGUCAAUAAAUCUAGGUGUCCACCUUGGCUUGUGUGGCUUUUAGUUUACGUUACACGUGAAAAACGUUCAAACUUUACUAUUAUGGGUUUGAGUUUACACAACUCGUGUAAAACAUUAAAACUUAGCUUAUUAUAUUUUCCGUAUGGUUUCAUAUUUUGCCUGCAAUUAUUGUUUCAAAUA